ACAUAGGCUGAAAGUAAGCGACAAACACGAACACAACACGCUGCUACUGAGGAACCAUCUCGACUUACGCAGUAGACUGCGUUUGCCAAUCUACGGGAGCUAAAUACUGAGAUCGUUGCGGCUAUUAGAGCCGGUUUAGCUUUGCAACCAGUGACAGUUCCCCUGUCAGCAUGUCUAAGCCACGAGUACUUGUGGCGCAUUCGGAUAUUCCCAAGAAGGCAAUUCAGCUGUUGCAAGGAAGAUGUGAUACCAUUUUCUGCCCUGGCGUGCGAAACCCUAGUAGAGAACAACUACUGAGUAAAAUAGAAGGCGUAGAUGCUUUGUUUUGGUUUUCCAAAGUGAAAAUUGACAAGGAACUCCUUGAUAAAGCAGGUCCUAAUCUGAAAGUUGUGGCAACAAUGUCUGCUGGGUAUGACCACAUAGAUGUGAAGGAAGUGAAGUCUCGUGGAAUUAAAAUAGGAAUUACCCCAAAGGUCUUAGAUGCUGCUGUAGCUGAUGUCGCAAUGGCGCUUGCUUUGGCAGUGGCAAGAAGAAUGCCUGAAGGACGUCAAAAAAUUGAGAGCAAGCAGUGGGAGACUAGUGAACCACAAUGGAUGCUGGGUCAAGACUUUCAGGAAUCAACAGUAGGUAUUGUUGGUCUCGGAGGCAUUGGCCAAGCCAUAGCUAGAAGAGUUAAGGGAUUUGAUAUUGCACGAUUACUGUACACUGGGCAUUCACCUAAACCUGAAGGGGAAGCAUUAAAUGCAGAGUUUGUAUCUCUUGAUGAACUACUUAAACAGAGUGAUUUUGUCUUUUUGGCUUGUUCUCUGAACAGUGAAACUGUAAAUCUUAUAGAUAAAGAGGCAUUAGGAAAAAUGAAAUCAAAUGCAAUUCUAGUGAAUGUUAGUCGUGGAGGCGUCAUUGACCAAGAAGCUUUGAUUGAAGCCCUUGAAAGUCGCAAGAUAUGGGGUGCGGGGCUCGAUGUUAUGACUCCAGAACCACUGCCUAGUGACCACCGCCUUUUGUCUAUCCCCAACUGUGUACUGCUACCACACCUGGGCAGUGCAACACUGAAGACACGGACAAACAUGGCACUUCUUACAGUAAAAAAUAUUUUUGCUGCCUUGGAUGGGGAACCUCUGCCUUCUUCUAUCUAAUCCAGUUGUCAUGCAACUGUUGCUAAAUUGACAGUUGAGUUUACAAGCACAUGAUACAGGAGGUAUUCAAAUGAAAUGAAAUAAACAUGGUAAAUGGCACUAAAAUGUCUGUUUCUACAUCUCUGAAAAUAAUGUGAUUAAAAUUAAGAUUUCCCUUGUCAAUUUAUCAUUCAUGGACCAUACUCAGUUGUAUUUUUGAUCUCCUGUUUCUGGAAAAGUUCAUAAAAACAAAAUUGAAUGUGAAA